UAAUAAUACGACCUUUGUCCACAAGCUGUAUGAGUAAGUUCACUUUCUCAUCUUCAACUUUUCCCGAUACCGCCUACCUCAGUUAAUAACAUUGCAUCAAAAAUAAGUAUGGUGAUUGAUCCACAGUACCAAAACCUGAUAUCAUGGAGCCAUGAUGGAUCAUCCUUUAUCGUAUGCAACAAGGACGAAUUUGAGAAUGUCGUUCUACCAGCACACUUCAAGCACCGUAACUUUGCUAGUUUCGUGAGACAACUAAACAUGUACGGUUUCCAUAAGAUCAAUAAGACCGCUAGAGGCCAGGGGCAACGGACGUCGACCGAAAACCAUAUCUGGAAAUUCUCACACCCAAGCUUCUUAAGAGAUCGGCCCGACCUUUUGGAUGGGAUCAAGCGAAAGGCGAUGGAGCAAGAAACUAGUAGGAGAGACGCAAGUGAUUUAUCAAGUUCCAUGCUGCAGAUGCAACAGGCGCAACAUGAAAUUUUGGGUAAAUUGACGCAACUGCAGUCUGCUCUUGACCGAGCUACUCAGGAAUUGAAAGAAACGAAAGCGAGUCAAAGCACGCAAGAGAUCCAUAUUACGGGGAUGGUUGCCUUCCUACAACAGCAGUUUGGCCCUAUAAAUUUUCAGGCUCAGCAAGUGUACACUGACCAGCACGAACAACCACCACCCAUCUUUAUCACGUCGCCUGAUUCAAACUCUGCUAACUCCAUGGUACACCAAGCUUAUUAUAAUGUUUAUGGUGCUCAACCACAAGAGCAACAACAAUUUCAAUCCCAACAGCAGUUAGGGUCCAAUAGUCGGCCCGCUUCACCGUUAACCGUUCAGACACAAGGUCUGAAUAUCUCUAGGCCGUACGAUCAAUCUCACCAAUCGCCACUCAACUCGCCACAACCAUAUGAAAUUCCCUUACCGCCGAGCCCCAGUCCCAGCUCGAUGAUGUCGGACGAUGAACACCCUUACAGCCCUCAUAGUCCCAUGUCAAAUAAUAACAACAUGUUCCGUAACGUAGAUGGCAGGCAGGGCGGUUCUGGAGGAUAUAACUUGUAUAAUGGAGGAAUGUAGGAUAUGCUUUUUGAAUAAUACUUUGUACUUUUAGUUUCACUUUUUGAGUUUUAUAUACCACCUUUAUAUAAACGACGUCAAAGACAUAAUGAAUUGAACUCCGGGACGCUCGGAGUCGUCCUGUCUUGGGAUUCAGCUCCGAUUUUUUUUUUCUCUUUUUUAAUUAAGACGGC